UUUUUUGUUGUUGUUUAUUUUUUAUUUUUUACAAUUCUCGACGUUCUCCUCUCCUCUCGCCAAAUGACUUCGUAAAAAUUAUUUCCGUGUAUUUAAAUGCGAAAAACGCACAAUGUCCUGUUGCAAGAAGGGCGGCAAUAAUAAGCCCGUGCAGAAGGUGGUGAUACCGAAGGGAAUGAUCAAUCCCGGCGAGACGACGAUCAUCGAGAUCCCGUCCAAUUUGCAGAAGCAACCGAUCGUCGUCGCCAAACGGAAGACGUCGUUGGAUUCGUUCAAGAACGCGUCGCAGUCGGGCGGCAGGAAAUGCUGCAAGGAUCAGGGAGGGAAAGGCAACAACACGCCCAACGGCAAGGACAAGAAGGGAGGCAACAAGAAUGCGAACGCGGCGACGUCGAACGAGCUAGAGAUUACCGAACGCAAGGAACGGGAGCAAUUCUUGAAGGAUUUAGAGGAAUUCCAGAAGGCGCGACGAAAGUUGCUGGCGAACGCUUCGUUUCUGGCCGGCGAGAAGGGAAAUUGUUGCAAGAA